AUGCUGGUCAGCUGCUGUCUGUGGGGAGCAGCAUCACAACCACCAUCCACCUCCACAACUACCACCAGUAGCAGUCGCACCAGCAGAAUGAUCAGUUUCAUGCGGGUGAUGGACACGGGAACACGGAUGGAGCUGCAGCAGUAGAGAUCCGGGAAGGAUGCUGCAGAGGCUGUGAGACAAACCGAGUCCAUGUCAGCCCGCUGCUGCUCCACCUGUCGUGGAUGAUUUUCUCGAUGGGUUGCGGAGGGAGUCGGGCGGACGCGAUCAUCGAGCCGAGGUACCAUGAGAGCUGGACCAGGGAGACCGAAUCGACCUGGCUUACCAAUACCGACGUUGAGACCCCCCUUUCUGUAGCAAACAGUAAAGCUCUCGAGGCCAGUCUGAGGGAGAAGAGGAUGGUGAACACAGGCACCCAGUGUGGGAAGCAGGCCCUCACCACCACUGGCUCCAACCACCAGAGGAAACUCAGGCGCUCCUUCAGUGAUCAAACCACUCGUGACUCCAAAAGGAGGGAGGCCAGUGCUUUGUCUAAAGAUGGGCAGUCUGUCAAUAUCAACAGUAGUGGAGAAGCCGAAGCUGGGAACGCGUGUGAUGAAAGAUGA